AUGCCCAACAGCCGUCUCUUGCACCACGGCGGAAGACAUACUAAGGUGGCCGACCCUUUCGCGCCGUCUGCGCCUCCUGCGCAUGCCUCUCGGACUCUCCCGUCGGCGCCACCGUCGGGCGGAGGCCGGGUCACUCUCGCCGACCUCUACCGCGAUGCCUUUGCUCUAAUCGAACGUGCCGUCGCUGCUGACGCCUCAGGCAACCUUCCAUCCGCGCUACUGCUGUAUGUCGAAGCCGUCUCGGCCUUCACUCUUGUGCUCCACGCCGAGACCGAUGCUGCCAAGGCUGCACUGGUCCGCGAUCAGCUCGAGGAGUACACGGCCCACGCCGAACAGCUGCAAGCGGCGCUGGCAGCCGAUGAGGCCGAUGGCGACGGUGCCGGCGCUAGUAGAAAGAGCGAGAGUGGCGAUGAAGCCGAUGCUGCUGUCGAUGCUGUCCGAGCCCGCCGCGAGGCUGCUGACUUUGCGCUGGAUAUGGCGCUCAAGCACGAUGAGGCCGGACAGAACAAGAAGGCGCUGAGCCUCUACCUCGAUGCGGCCGAAGCAUACAUGGCGGUGGUGGCCAGCGGCGUGGCUGGCGCCGAAGACGAGGUCGCUGUGGCCAAGACUCGGGUCGAGGCCGUCAUCGCCCGGGCGGAAGUGAUCAAAAAGGGCAAGGCGCCGGUGGCGCAGCCGGCGACCGCGCUCAAGUCGCGGCGGCUGUCAUCGGCCAUGAGCACGCGGCGGAGUGGCACCAGCAAGCAAAGCUCAUCGACGAGCAGCAGUGAAGGCUACACCGAGCUGGAAAAGCGGAUCCUCUCGGCGUCGUCGGUCGUCAACGGGCGACUGUUUGUGCCGUUCCUCGACUACGACCUCGACGACGCAUUCUCCUUUGCGCAGCCAUUCACUGACCCCGAUGGUUUACUCACGCUCUCGUCCAAGCAGCAAGCGGUGUUUGCUGGGUGGCGCCGGCCGCGCGAGCUGGUUCGCGGCGGGCGGCGGCCAACCAUGAUCUCCCUCAUCUCGGCCUUCUCGAUCCGGCAGACGGUCAUCACCGACUGCUCGUUUGUGUCGUCACUGGCGGUGGCAGCCAUGUACGAGCGGAGGUUCAAGAAGCAGCUGGUCACCUCGUGCAUCUUUCCGCAGGACGUGUCGGGUCAGCCCAAGUACAACCCGAGCGGCAAGUACAUGGUGCGGCUGCUGUACAAUGGAGUGCCGCGCAAGGUCGUCGUCGACGAUCUCCUCCCGGUCUCAACAUCCGGGCAGGUCAUGUGUUCGCACUCGACCGACCCGUCGGAGCUGUGGGUCUCCAUCAUCGAAAAGGCGUUCCUGAAGCUCCAUGGCGGCGGCUCGUACGACUUUCCCGGCUCCAACUCGACAACGGAUCUGCACGCGCUGUGCGGCUGGAUUCCCGAGUCGGUCGACAUGCAUGGAGCUGAGUUUGAUCCGGCCCGGACGUGGGAGCGCAUGCUCUCGGGCCUGCGCUUUGGCGAUUGCGUGUUGACCGUAGCGACCGACUCGUCACUGCCGGCGGCCAAGUACGACGAGCUUGGCCUGGUCUCGUCGCACGCGUAUGCGGUGCUCGAUCUGCAGGAGGUCGACGGCGUUCGGUUUCUGCUCCUCAAGAACCCAUGGGCACGAUUGUCGUGGCGCGGCGCGUACUCGCGGCACGAUGCCAAGCGAUGGACUCCUGAACUACAGCAGGCGCUCAACUACAACGUGUCCAAGGCGCUCGCCCACGAUAAUGGCGUGUUCUGGAUCGACUACGACUCGCUGCAGCAAGUCUACUCGCGAGUCCACAUGUCGUGGAACCCAGAUGUGUUUGCGCACCGCUACGUUCUGCACGACGCGCUCUCCAACAAGAUCGGACCCAAGUCAGACCGGCACACUCUCGGAUACAACCCACAGUACGCGCUGCAGACGGUGAACAAGUCCAAGACGCCUGGCUCGGUGUGGAUCCUGCUCUCGCGGCACGUGACCGCGCUCGAGGAGCGGUCGGAGGACUACCUCACCGUCCACGUGUUUGAGAACACAAACGGGGCCCGGGUGUACUACGGCGAGCGCGCCGUUGUCCGCGGUACCUACAUUAACGCACCCCACGUCCUCGCCCGCAUCGAUGUCCCGCCGGGCAAGGCCUCGUACACGCUGGUUGUCUCGCAGUACGAGCGGCUGCAUCCCAUCAACUACACGCUGACGAUUUACGCCACGGUCCCGAACCGCGUCACGAAGAUCCCGCUCAAGCUGCCUGGCGAGAAGCGGCUGACCGGGAGCUGGACGGCGGCGAGCGCCGGUGGCUCGUGCAACUCGCCGUCGACCUACGGCCGCAAUCCACAGUACAGAGUCCGGCUCUCCGGUCCAUCCCGGAUCGUGCUUAAGCUCGAGGCCGAGUACGCGGUCAACGUCUCGCUUGUCCGCGGUACCGAGCGGGUCUCGGUUGUCUACACCUCGGCGCUUGCGCUCUCGACGGGCUCGUACCGCCCAGGCUUUGCCUACAUAGUCUCGGACGAACCGAUCGACGCCGGCGACUACGUCCUUGUUGUCUCGACAUUCACGCCUGGGCAGACCGGAAAGUUUGUUCUCGGCGUGGCCGCGCUUGACGCCCCAUUCGACAUCAGCUUGAUGGCGUAGACGUUGGUCUGGUCCGACAUGGGAUGGUGCGCGACUAAAAAGUCACCUCUCCCAAGCGUAUGGCUCAGUGUGCAUGUCCACCGC